AUGAAGUACCCAAAGCCUUUAAUCUACCCAUAUCUUUGUCUUCUCUCAUUAUUCUUCUAUUCUUCACCACCCUCUGAUCUCGUCCAUCAAGCCUGCCAGAAACUUGCACACACUGAUCCAAAAUUGAACUACGACUUCUGCGUCACCAGCCUCGAAUCUGAUCCCAAGAGCCCAACAGUGAGCCUCGAGGAACUUGGAGCCAUCUCUGUUAUGCAAACCAUAUCCAAUGCAACCUACUUGCAGUCCUAUAUUUUCAACCUCUUGGAGGACAUAAAGUUUGAUCCAUACUCCAAGGCUUGCCUUAAAGAUUGCUUGGAGCUUUACUCGGAUGCUAUCGAUACAUUAAGGGUUGCGCUUGAUCAUUUUAAGACCAAACACUACUCUGAUGCUAAGCAAGGGUUCAGCUCUGCCAUGGAUGCUUCAGAUACUUGUGAGGAGGGCUUCAUGGAGAAGAAGGGUGAAGCAUCUCCAUUGACGAAGGAGGAUUAUAAAGGUUUGAGAACCCGUGUAAAAUAUGGUUGA